AUGAAUUCAAAUCGCCAAGUGGUGGAUUCUCCCGUACCCAAGCAUGAUCUAACCGCUUUACAUCAUGACAAAGCCAGUCGCUUACUCGUUGCUUUGGGACAUGGUCACUUAGGUGCUGAUCAAUCUGUGCGAUUAUCUCAAACACUGCAAGUGAGCACUAGUCAGUCCGUUUCCCACAAGAGAGCGCUUUUUGAUGGCUCAAUAGAGCGUUUCACUCGACCAUUCCCGGCUGAAAAAGGUCUGCAAAAGCGGCAAUCAAACAGCGUACCAAGUGCAUCAACUUCAACAAUUCAGGCUGACAAAGACAAUGGUCCAAUAUAUCCUUCUUUGAGCCAUGCGCUACCAGAGUGGUAUGAGGCUCAAAAUCCGCACUGCAUCGCUUGUUCUGUCCCCCUGCUCGUCGGGAUGAACGCAAGUUUUGACCCAGUUCGUAGAGGCUUGGUGUGUGCAGCUUGCGGUUCUGGAUCGCCGAUGGGAUUGCCGGAUAAAGAGUCGAAAAGAGAGUUGCGAUCAAUGCGAGUCAGAAGGACUGUUAGCGCUAAAAGUCAACGCAGCAAUCCAGCUCUACAUGAUCAAGCAACCAAAAAAGCUCGCAUUGAGCCUGGAUUUUCUCACGAGGACAAAAUCUUGUCUUCCCAGCAAAAGAAGGAUGGAGAUCCAGUACAGAAGCCAGACCAUCCACUAAAAGCGAAAGAUUCUGACAACAAUUGGUUGAACACUGCUUCUCUAGAUGCAAGAAUGAAGCAGAAGAAGAAAGACAAAAGGGGUUCUCAAGCGCCGAGUGCAGUUGAAAGCAUCGAGAUUACACAACAAACUCCACAGCCUGACGAAUUGGUCAACAAAAGUAAGGCUCCCCCUCUACAUUCAAGUGAGCCAAAGAUACCCUCCAACACAAGCAGUCAGAGUCGACAGCCACAGUUGGUUUCAAGGCCACCACAUACCAAAGCGAAAGGAAAUGACAAACAAGCAUUACGUAACAUGCUGGCGGCCAACAAAAAGAAGAAAGAUGAUGGUAACAAAUCAUCUGGCUCAAAUACCAAGUCAACCAGCUCUUCUGGUUUACAAAGCUUCCUUGAUAGUUUGUAA